AGUCGCGGGGAGAGAAAGGCAUCCAGAGUGAAGGAUGAACCGCGGACACCUCGGUCUGGAGCUGCAGAGUGUCCCCCCUGUGCUCGCCGCCUGCAUCUGGCUGCCCUGGGGCGCACGGACCCUGGACAGCGGUGCUAGGGCUCCGGAAGGAGGAAGACCAGGGCUGGAGCUGCCCAGCAGCCUGAGCUCCCCGCCUGCGAGGCCAGCUCCCUGGGGAGCCCGGCAGCCUUGCCCCCUGCCCUCCUCCCUGGAAGCAGCCGUGGAGGAGCCGGCAGUGCUUUCCUGCAGCCGGCGCGGGACCCAGCGCUCUCAGCGGGCAGCAGGGCUGAGCAGCAUCAAGGACCCUGCGCCUUCCAGGUGACCCCCCGGGAAGACUGAGUGGGGGACCAGGCCUCCGUCACUCCCCCCAGACAAGAGGAAACAACUCUUGUUGGUAAAACUUAGGUUUUCCUUUUGCAUCAAACUCCUGGAGCUGAGCAAGAUCUGCCGAACCCUGUAGCAUUCCAUUUUUCACUUGGUUGGUGUUUGAGAAAAACCGGCAAGGAGCGGGUGACAAGAGGAGGAGAGGUUAUAAACUUUGGGGGCGGGGACAUUUUCUUGGAAGUGACAAGUAGUGUCAGAGCUACAGUUCCCCAGCCAGUGACGUCAUCCUGCACUUGGACACUCGGGAGGGUCUGGACGCUGCCCCGGGACCAAUACCAAAGACCCCAGGGGAGCCAUGGAGUCCACGCUGGAGACGGCCAGCCCUGCCGCAGGCCCCGUCACCUUCUCCCACGUCUUCGGCCAGCAGUGCCAGCUGAUGGAAGCAGCCGUGCAAUCAUUGCAUACCCUAAAUGACCAGAUAUCCCAUUUUAUUGUCACCAAGUCGAAGGCACUGGAGGAGGACAAAGACCCCUUUCUGCCCGCAGAGAAGGAGACCCUGAAGAGUUCCAUGGUAUUGAUGAGACACCUCCUCAUGGACGCCCAGGCCAACAUCCUGAGCAUGAUGGAAGACAAUAAGCAGCUCGCGCUCCGCAUCGAUGGGGCGGUCCAGGCGGCCAGCCAGGAAGUGACCAACCUGCGGGCCGAACUCACGGCCACCAACCGGAGACUGGCGGAGCUGAGCGGCGGCGGCGGCCCCGGCCCCGGCCCGGGCCCGGGAGCGGCAGCCGGCACCUCGGCGGCAGACUCGGCGGUGGCGAACAUGGAGAACCACCAGCUCGGCGUGCAAGGGCUGCUGCGGGAAGAGGUGUCCCGGCUGCAGGAGGAAGUCCACCUGCUCCGGCAGAUGAAGGAGAUGCUGACGAAGGACCUGGAGGAGUCGCAGGGCGGCAAGUCCGCCGAGGUCCUCUCGGCCACCGAGCUCAGGGUGCAGCUGGCCCAGAAGGAGCAGGAGCUGGCCAGAGCCAAAGAGGCCUUGCAGGCCAUGAAAGCCGACCGGAAGCGCCUGAAGGGUGAGAAGACGGACCUGGUGAGCCAGAUGCAGCAGCUGUACGCCACGCUGGAGAGCCGCGAGGAGCAGCUGCGGGACUUCAUCCGGAACUACGAGCAGCACCGCAAGGAGAGCGAGGAUGCUGUCAAAGCUCUGGCCAAGGAGAAGGACCUGCUGGAGCGGGAGAAGUGGGAGCUCCGGCGCCAAGCCAAGGAGGCCACGGACCACGCCACGGCGCUGCGCUCCCAGCUGGACCUCAAGGACAACCGGAUGAAGGAGCUGGAGGCUGAGCUGGCCAUGGCCAAGCAGUCCCUAGCUACGCUGACCAAGGACGUCCCCAAGCGGCAUUCACUCGCCAUGCCAGGCGAGACCGUGCUCAACGGCAACCAGGAGUGGGUGGUGCAGGCGGACCUGCCGCUGACCGCAGCCAUCCGGCAGAGCCAGCAGACGCUCUACCACUCGCACCCCCCGCACCCUGCGGACCGGCAAGCGGUCAGGGUGAGCCCCUGCCACUCCCGGCAGCCUUCCGUCAUCUCCGACGCGUCUGCCGCCGAAGGCGACCGGUCAUCCACGCCAAGCGACAUCAACUCCCCUCGCCACCGGACGCACUCCCUCUGCAACGGCGACAGUCCCGGCCCAGUUCAGAAGAACCUGCACAACCCCAUUGUACAGUCACUAGAGGAUCUUGAAGACCAAAAACGGAAAAAGAAGAAAGAGAAGAUGGGAUUUGGCUCCAUCUCCCGCGUCUUCGCCAGAGGGAAGCAGCGGAAGUCCCUCGACCCCGGCCUGUUUGAUGACGCGGACAGCCAGUGCAGCCCCACGAGGCAGAGCCUGUCGGAGGGCGAGGAGCAGGUGGACCGGCUGCAGCAGGUGGAGCUGGUCAGGACCACCCCCAUGUCCCACUGGAAGGCGGGCGCCGUGCAGGCCUGGCUGGAGGUGGUCAUGGCCAUGCCCAUGUACGUCAAGGCCUGCGCGGAGAACGUGAAGAGCGGGAAGGUGCUGCUGAGCCUGAGCGACGAGGACCUGGAGCUGGGCCUGGGCGUGUGCAGCUCCCUGCACCGGCGCAAGCUGCGGCUGGCCAUCGAGGACUACCGCGACGCCGAGGCGGGCCGGAGCCUGUCCAAAGCGGCCGACCUGGACCAUCACUGGGUGGCCAAGGCCUGGCUGAACGACAUCGGCCUGUCCCAGUACUCCCAGGCCUUCCAAAACCACCUGGUCGACGGGCGGAUGCUGAACUCCCUGAUGAAGCGGGACCUGGAGAAGCACCUGAAUGUGUCCAAGAAGUUCCACCAGGUCAGCAUCCUGCUGGGGAUCGAGCUGCUGUACCAAGUGAACUUCAGCAGGGAGGCCCUCCAGGAGCGCCGGGCCCGCUGCGAGACACAGAACACAGACCCCGUGGUCUGGACCAACCAGCGGGUGCUCAAGUGGGUGCGAGACAUUGACCUGAAGGAGUAUGCAGACAACCUGACCAACAGCGGGGUCCACGGCGCCGUGCUGGUGCUGGAGCCCACGUUUACCGCCGAGGCCAUGGCCACCGCCCUGGGCAUCCCCAGCGGGAAGCACAUCCUCCGGAGACACCUGGCGGAGGAGAUGAGCGCCAUCUUCCCCCCGGCCACCUCCACGGGCAUCCGGGAGGCUGAGCGCUUCGGAACGCCCCCCGGGCGGGCCCCCAGCACCCCCCGGGCGGGGAAGGAGGAGAACAGCAGUGGCAUCAGGCACAAGGCUGGCCGGCUGCCCCUGGGGAAGAUAGGGCGAGGCUUCGGCAGCAAAGAGCCCGAUUUCCACGAUGACUACGGCUCCCUCCACAACGAAGACUGCGGGGACGAGGACCUCGAGGGCCGGCCAGAGCAGGGCCGCCUGGAGGGCUACAAUGGCCUGGAGGUCACCAACGUGUGAGGAGCCGAUGCUCGAUGCGCGGCCAGACCGGACACGGGAGUCGCCUGGAGGAAGAGGAGCCGGAAGCCAUCGCCCUGUACAUUGUGCCUGCGGCUGAGGAGGCGCCCCGGUCCCGGGAAAAUCCCUACAGACGCCGCAGCUUCAGAUGGGAGCACAGGGAGCCAGGGCGCCCGCCGGGGACGUCCGCUCAGCGGAAGGGCGCUGGCCCCAGGACCUGUCACAUGCCAGCCCCUCCAUCGCCCAGGCCCCACCCCAGAGUGACUGACUGUCAGCGCUGUCCUGGCUGCCAAGGCGGAAAGGGGCCCCGACGCCCCAUCCGGGAGGAGCAGGUGGGCUCCAUGCAGACAUGCGAGCCCCGCGGGCACAGAGGUCAGCAGGCAAAGCCCAAGGUUGACCCGUCAGCAGGUGACCCUCCAGCCAGCGAGGCGGCAGGAAAGGCUGCCCACGGCCGGGACGCCACACGGCGGGAGGGCGCAGCCCAGCAUCCUCGCCCCCGUGACUGAGAGCCUGGGUCCCCUGUGGGGUCGCUGAGCCCCUCUUGGGAGCAAGCGGAACGGGGGAGUCAUUGUCUCUGCCCCGAAAGCCCCAGUCACAGGGGGUGGACGUGUGGGAGUAAUUGCUCGUCCUCCCAGGAGCAGCUCCCCGGGGGGGGGGGGGGGGGGGCGCAGGUGGAUGGUCCGUGCGGGGCGGGGCUUGGCAAUGGCAGUCCCGGGAAAUGCAAUAUCCUGUCAUCGGGCGAAGGGCCGGUGAGGGCAGGAUCAGGGAUGACGGAGGGAGGCCCGGGACAACUGUGCCCUAUGUGGCAGCGGAUCCGGGAUCGGGGCAGGGAGUGCUCAUUGCUACCCCCACAAACCUUUGUUGCUCUGAUGGCUGUCCCCUGCGCAGAGGGGUCCUGGCUGAGAUGAGCCUCGCAGAGCCACGCCGGCCGGAUGGCGGCGAGAACCGCGGGCCUCUGCCUGACUCGCACUGUGUGCUGUGCGGCUUCUCCCGGCGCCUCGCCUCUCUGCACCUCAGCGUCCUCCUCUAGCGCUGCUUCCCGGCCAGGGGGGUGCGAGGACUAACACUUGCUAACGCCUGUAACGCACUCCGUGGCCUCUCGGGAGGCAGGUGGGAGUCGGGGGUCUAAUCCCCCACUUACCACACAGAUCGGACAUGGACCUGCCCCUCUAACUCGGUUAUUUUGGAAACAACGUGCAAAAGGAGCACAAGGCAUGUGGGAUAUUUCGACCCUUUAGCACCCCUGAUAGGCUUAAGCGGGGAGAGAGAGAGAGAGAGAGAGAGAGAGAGAGAGAGAGAGAGAGAGAGAGGCCCCAUAGGCACAGCCCUUGGAAACCAGUUUGAUUCCAGGGAUCGGCUGGGCUUCCUGGACCCCGAUGCUGAGUGACGAUCCGGGAAGGACGAAACGAGCAUCCCACUGACACUCAGUUACGGAAGCAGAUCAUCUGUUGGAACCACGAUGCCCCACUUCCAUUGAAGCCAUGUGCCCGAGAGCCCAGGAGGACAGGGUGUGAAUUCCCAACACUUGAAUCCGCCUCGAAGACCUCUCCAACCCAGGGUGGGCGACACAGACCGAGCCCCGAGGAACUGCGGGGUCCCUCCCAGAGCCAGACCGCACGUCUCCCCCACCCUGACACAAGCACAGCCUCCCUCCCCCGGGGCCAGGUGCCUGGUGGGUGGACAGGGAGACGCCCCCCCUUGUCUGAUGUUUGGCCCCCUCGGGACACAGUUCUGAUUCCGGGGCCUGAGGCCUGACGCUCUGGGACCUGCCCUGGCUUCGCUGAGGGUCCAGACCCCAGUGUCUCUGUGACAUUCAGCCACACGCGGCCGGAGCUGCAGAGCCCGCAGCCGGGGCAGGAGAACCAGACGCCCAGCCACGCUGGUGCCCGGUCACUCCUGAGCCAGCCUCAGCCUGGGUGGCCGGCACCCCAGGACCUGCCUCCAGGGGGCAGCAAAGCAGGAGGCCGGUCAUCCCCGCAGGGUGGGCGGAAGGGCAGG